ACAAAGGCCCUCUCCACAUAAAAAAUGGAGGCUUGCUCUGGGAAGCCAUGGUGUCCUGCUCCACACACUCCACAGGCUGACAGUUUCCCUCGUGUAACCUUCCACUGCGAGACCUGCCACCAGAUUUUCCUCUUUGAAGCUUCAGCACACUCUUAGAAAGGAGCUGCCCCUGCCAGCACUGAACAAAGAUAAUUACUCAGGAAACAUUUCGGCCAAUCAGACGCGCCCUUGUAUCGAGCCUACGAGGGAGGGGACCAGUCAGGAUCUGGCUAACAUUGCCGGGGCCUGAUCGCCUUGCCUGAAGAGCGGAGCCUUCCCCGGCUGAGGGCUGAGAGUGUCCUCCAUGUUUUAUAAGUGUUGACAUAACAUUGUGUCAGGCAGCCAUGCAUCCAGAGAGCUGAAAUUCUGGAACGUGUUUGAACGUCGGAUUGAAAGUCAAAGACGUGUUCAAGUCAAAUGAGCUUUUAAAAACAGCAAUGGAAACCGGUGGAGUCCCUGUUGACAGGUCCUCAGGGACCCAGUGCCUUAGUCUGGCUGAGGAGGAGAUAAAGAAAGAGCCGGAUGUGGUAGAGGGGAUGGACGCUUCUCUGCGAUCGAAAGCCCCUGAUGCCCCGGGUUCAGCAGAACGAUCCGCAGCACCACAGAAGCGAAAGGUUUCAAGUCCCACCCAUUCUUCUAAUGGACACUCUCCCUCAGACACCUCCCCCAGCCCCCUUAAGAAAAAGAAAAAGCCAGGGGCCGUGAACUGUAACACCAAAGACCAGUCAGAGCUAAGACAUGGUCCCUUUUACUAUAUGAAGCAGCCAGCACUCACCACAGACCCUGUUGAUGUUGUACCGCAGGACGGGAGGAAUGACUUCUACUGCUGGCUGUGCCACCGCGAGGGUCAGGUGCUCUGCUGUGAGCUCUGCCCCAGGGUGUACCACGCCAAGUGCCUCAAACUACCAGCCGAGCCCGAGGGCGACUGGUUCUGUCCAGAGUGUGAGAAAAUAACAGUUGCUGAGUGCAUUGAAACCCAGAGCAAAGCAAUGACAAUGCUAACAAUAGACCAGCUCUCCUACUUGCUGAAAUUUGCACUCCAAAAAAUCAAACAGCCUGGGACGGAGCCUUUUCAGAAGCCCGUUUCCCUGGAACAGCACCCAGAUUAUGCAGAGUACAUCUUCCACCCCAUGGAUCUAAGCACUAUAGAAAAGAAUGUCAAAAAGAAAAUGUAUGGCUGCACUGAGGCUUUUCUUGCUGAUAUGAAGUGGAUCUUACACAACUGCAUCAUCUAUAAUGGAGUUAAUCAUAAACUAACGACGACUGCGAAAGUCAUUGUCAAGAUCUGUGAACAUGAGAUGAAUGAGAUUGAGGUGUGUCCUGAGUGCUACCUGUCUUCAUGCCAAAAAAGGGAUAACUGGUUUUGUGAGCCAUGUAGUCAGCCUCACCCUCUGGUUUGGGCUAAGCUGAAAGGUUUUCCUUUUUGGCCAGCAAAAGCACUUCGGGAAAAGGACGGGCAAGUAGACGCACGGUUCUUUGGGCAACAUGAUCGUGCCUGGGUUCCCAUCAACAACUGCUACUUAAUGUCCAAAGAGAUCCCUUUCUCUGUGAAGAAAACAAAGAGCAUUUUCAACAGUGCCAUGCAAGAGAUGGAGGUCUAUGUGGAAAAUAUCCGCAAGAAAUUUGGCGUCUUUAACUACGCACCCUUCCGCACUCCCUAUGCACCCAACAACCAGCUCCAGAUGCUCGUGGACCCCAAUAACCCAAAUGCUGGGGCGGUGAAAACGGAGAAGCCAGAUAAGCUCCGCUUUAACUUCGAUAUGACUUCUUCUCCCAAGAUGAUCCUCAGCAAGAGUUCCACCCCCAGCGGGAUGAGUCGACGGGCCUCAAUGACAGAAAUGCCUCGGUCUCCGAUGAGCACCAACUCCUCUGUUCACACAGGGUCUGACGGGGAGCAAGAAGCGGAAAAGGCAAGCAGAAACCCUGCCCUACACUACAGCACUGGAGAGGAAUCCAUGGACUGCACCGCUUCUCCUGUGUCGGGGAAGGCUGGUCCAGCUGCCAGUGUAAGCAGCAGUCCAAAACCCAUAAACUCUGCACUGGUUCCCAAGCAGGAGAGAACAGCAGGGACCGGAGGCAUUCUCAACCUCAACCUUGAUCGAGUGAAGGCUGAAAUGGACCUGAAAGAGCUGAGCGAGACGGUGCAGCAACAGCAGCAGCAGCAGCAGCAAGCAGCCCCGGCUACUGUCACCACUCCAAAGAGGCCCCUCAGGAGCCUGGACAAGACCAUUGAAAGCUGCAAGGCACAGCUUGGCAUUAAUGAGAUUUCUGAAGAUGUGUAUAAAGACGUGGACCACAGUGACUCUGAGGACUCUGAGAAAUCCGACUCCAGCGACAGCGAAUACCUCAGCGAUGAAGAGCAUCGGUCAAAGAAUUCUGCUCAGGAUGAAAAGGAUAAGGCAGAAAGAAAAAGGUCAAAGGCGAGCACUGAGGGAGAAGGGAAGGAGGGAGUUACAGUGACGGGGGACAAAGCUGCAGCCGCAGAGGCUUCACUCAAGGAAAAGACUGGCAAUGGCCCAGAAAGGGGCCUACAGGACAAACCCAGGACACCUCAGCCCCAACCAGUCAAUGAGAAGCCUAAAGCGACAGAGGAGGGCAAAACAGCAGCUGCUGCAUCAGCUGAACAGGACUCUGAUUCUGAGAGAGAGCUCGUCAUUGAUCUGGGGGACGAACAUGGAGGACGGGACUCAAAGAGGUCUAGAAGAGACACGAGCUCUUCAGCUGCAAAACCUGUCAAGGAGCCCAAUGCUGCCAAAGUGGAAGGUAAAUCUGCUGCAUCAGGGACACCGACACGAGAAGCUGUCUCCAACCUGAAAGACUCCUUGCAGCCUUCUAUCACUGCAGCACUUAGCCUUGUUUCCAGUGCAGCAGCAGAUCAAACUAGUGUAUCUACAACAACCAGUGCUCCUUCUGGCUCCUCCACAUCCACAGCACCCUCAUCUGUAAAAAAACAGCGGCCGCUACUGCCUAAAGAGACGGCUCAGGCUGUGCAACGGGCAGUUGUUUGGAGUCCCAAUAAGUUUCAGACGUCUUCGCAGAAAUGGCACAUGCAAAAGGUUCAGAGACAGCAGCACGAAGAGCAGUCAGCUGUCCAGACGCAGGGUCAGAGUCAGGGUCAGGGUCAGACUCGCAGCCAGCAGCAGUCACAGCAGAACUCCUCCAGCACUCGUUAUCAGACCAGACAAGCAGCCAAAGAUUCUGCAUCUUUGUCAUCUGCAGUGCAACAAAAAGAACCCGCUCAGAGUGCAUCCUCCUCGACAGCGGGACAGGUCACUUCUGCUGCCUCGUCUUUGGUGUCAGCAGACUUGCCGAUCCCCACAGUCUCCGCAGACGUAGCAGCAGAUAUAGCCAAAUACACAAACAAAAUUAUGGACACAAUAAAGGGGACAAUGACGGAAAUCUACAACGAUCUUUCUAAAAGUACAUCAGGAAACACAAUUGCAGAGAUUCGACGGCUGAGGAUAGAGAUUGAAAAACUCCAGUGGCUUCAUCAGCAGGAGUUAUCAGAGAUGAAGCACAAUCUGGAGCUGACGAUGGCAGAGAUGAGGCAGAGUCUGGAGCAGGAAAGGGAACGUUUUGUGGCUGAGGUGAAAAAGCAGAUGGAGCUGGAAAAGCAGCAGGCAGUGGAUGAGACCAAAAAGAAACAGUGGUGCGCCAACUGCAGGAAGGAGGCCAUCUUCUACUGCUGCUGGAAUACCAGCUACUGUGAUUACCCCUGCCAGCAAGCACACUGGCCUGAGCACAUGAAGUCCUGCACACAGUCGGCCACAGCAUCUCAGCAGGAGCCAGAGGCGGAGCCCAGCUCAGAGGCGACGGUCAAACCAUCAGGCCACUCUCCUGCUGUGCAGUCCGGUCCCCCAGCCACGGCCUCCAUAUCAGACAAAAGCAACUCUCCCACAUAUGCCGACAAAAGCAAGGACAGUUCUGGCGUCACUGUGACCUGAUACACUACAGACACCCGAGUUGAGUGAAUGUGAGGCAGGUGGCCUCAAAGUUGGUGCUUCAUGCCCUGCACCUUUAUGACAAAUCACUUUUUUUUUUUUUUCUUUUUCCAUUCCCAUGUGUAUAUCUGCUCACUGGACUGUUCUUUCUCAGUUUCCACAUCUGUGUUUCAGUCAGUUAAUCAUGUGAAAGUAGUCUGUCUCGAGAUGUAAAAUGUUUUAAUUCGGCAGUUUUGUGUUAUUACUCCAACUGUAUUAUCCCAAAGGAUAGAUCCUACUUUCCUUUUUUUCAAUGCUGCUCUACAGGACUUUGCUGCUGUUCUUUAUUUUUUGUUGAUUGUUCUCCAUAUUGUGAGACAAAACAUUUGAAACAGCCUUCAACACUGAUACACAAAUAUGGUGCCAUCCCAACUAUUUUGACUGAGAGGUUUCUUUCUGCGGUUUCGGACACACUUGCUCCAUGUUGGGUAGUGCAGGUUUCAAUGAUACAUUUCAGUCCAUGUCAGUCGUGGCGUUUUGGUUUCAUACCAGUUUUGUAUUGUAGUUCUGUGAUGUAUAGCUACACAUUUACAAUAAAAAAGAAAAAGAUUUAUUAAAAAGACAAAAUUUAAAGUGUACAGUUUUUGUAUGAAGAUACCUGAACGAUAUUUAUAGUGUUACAUGUUUUUUUUAUAGUAUUGUUUAUUGCAAUCACAUUUCUAUGUGUUUAAGAAGAGUUAUUUGAAAUGAAACUUCUUCACACGAAUGUCAGCUCUUAGUGAAGUCUUUGUGUAGCAAGGUACCCAAAGCAGAUGUAAAUCCCCUCAAAAAAGUGUCCAACUGAGUAGACCUAAAUAUAAAUCUCUUUUUGGCCAUAUAUUUCCUGUGAGCAUGUUUGUGUUGAGCUUUGUCUUGUUACUGUCUACAUAUUGUAAAUAGAAUAAAUGGACUUGUGAAGAAAA